AAAGUUGACCUACCUUCUCUUCAUUGUACAAUGGUGUCUCGUAUCACCGCUCGUUACCGUGAUACUGGAAGCGUAGCUCGACGUCAAGGAAGUGGACGGAAGAAAAUAGCAACAUAAGCAAAAAUGGUUCGAAAAGUAAAGAAGCGACUUGAUUGAAACCCGCGUCGCAGUGGCCGAAAAUGGCUCGUGAGCUGAACAUAUCGCAAUAUUCCAUUCGGCAAAUUUUGAAAAAUGAGGUCGGGGUAAAGCCAUUGAAUUUCAAAAAGUGCAAGAACUUAAACCGCAGCAGAAAGAAAAUAGGCUCAAACGAGCUAAAGAGUUGCUUAGCUUGACCGAAAGUGGUGAACUCCCGAAUUUGGGUUUCACCGAUGAGGAAACAUUCUUUGUCCAGCAGUUUGUAAACAAACAAAAUGAUCAUGUUUACAUGCCAAAGAUGUCAGCUGAAAAUGUGCACCUUCGGUUGGCCACCAGAAUUCAAGCGCCGGCCAUGAUGGUCGCUCUCCGCUCGUAAUAAUCGACCGUAGCAUCAGAAUAAACGACGAGUAUUGUAGCGAAAAUAUUCUGGAGGGUGUAUUAUAGCCUUGGGCACGCAAACAUUUUGGCCGCAUUUGGCCACGCGCCACCACUCGCUUCAUUUCCACGAAACAAUGGCCAUCAAAAUCUCCCGAUACCAAUCCGUUGGGCUAUUGUGUCUGGAGUAUUUUGGAAAGCAAGACGAAUCAUAUAAAAUAAGCAACCCUGAUGAUCUAAGAGAUGAACGAUUUUGGUUAACCGAUUCCCAACGUUCACUGCGAAAUAAACUAUACCUGUCUGAAAAUAAAAAUGUUGCAAAAAAUGUGAUCUUUUUUAUUGGCGAUGGAAUGUCAGUACCAACAGUUACAGCUAGUCGCAUAUAUGAUGGCCAGAAGAAAGGUCUUGUGGGAGAACGAAACUCGUUGUUCAUGGAAAGAUUCCCCUACGUAGGGCUAUCUAAGACUUAUUGUGCAGAUCGACAAGUAGCUGACUCUGCCUGUACAGCCACUGCUUAUCACACGGGUAUAAAGGCAAAUUUCGAAACUAUCGGAGUAUCUGCACGCGUUAAACUAAAAGAAUGCCAAGAAGCACUGAGGGCCGAAAAUCAAUUGGAGUCCAUAGCCAGUUGGGCCCAAAAAGCUGGAAAAGCUACAGGAAUUGUCACAACUACGCGUGUUACACAUGCCAGUCCGGCGGGUGCAUAUGCGCACACCUCACACCGGGACUUUGAGAGUGAUUUCGAUGUCAUUACCCGGCAUGCAGAUCCAGAACAAUGUAUUGAUAUUGGUAGACAAUUAGUUGAAAACACAGUUUCAAAACAGUUUAACGUUAUUAUGGGCGGAGGUGGUGCUAAACUUUUGCCCAAUUCUUCAGCACAUUAUUCUGGCUAUGCUGGUGAGCGAUUGGAUGGAAGAAAUAUUAUAGACGAGUGGAUUCAGGCUAAAGACGGAACCACUUCGUUUGUUCACACCAGACAACAAUUGCUGGAACUUGAUACUGACAGUACAAAUAAUUUAAUUGGAAUUUUCGCCAAUAGUCAUAUGUCCUACAAUUUAGACAAUGACGGCUCUCAGCCCACUCUACAAGAAAUGACCUCAGCUGCUAUAACGAUUCUAAGUAACGAGUCGAAUGGUUUCUUUUUAUUUGUGGAAGGUGGUCGCAUUGAUCAUGCCCAUCAUGAAACGAAAGCUAAAAAGGCUUUAGAUGAGACCGUCCAGUUUGAUGAGGCCAUUAAACGGGCUUAUGAAUUAACAGAUCCAAAUGAAACACUCAUUGUCAUUAGCGCUGACCAUGGCCACACAAUGACCAUUAAUGGUUAUCCCAAAUUGGGAAACACAAUUACCGGCGUUGGUACCGAUAUGACUGAUAUUGAUUUCCUGCCAUAUACAACAUUGUCUUAUGCAAAUGGACCAGCAUUUUCAAAUUUCUUUUAUUCCUCUCCGAGAUCGGGUAUGGAUAAAUCAGAAAAUGGCCUGCUUUUCAAUACGAACGAUCAUGUAGUCAAACGGUAUGAUGUAAGAAAAAUUUCAAAUAUUGAUGGCAAAGAUUUUCAAUACCCGGCGGCCGCACCUAUGAUUGAUGAAACACAUGGUGGUGGUGACGUUGCGAUCUAUUCCAGCGGUCCAUGGUCCCAUUUAUUUACUGGAGUAUUAGAACAGAAUGUACUGCCAAUAUUUAUGUCAUUCGCUGCUUGCAUCGGCCCAGAUGAAUUAAAUUCUUGCAAUUAUUUAAAAAAUAAAUAAAAAUUAUUUAUAAUCUGUAAA